CACCGUGGGCUCCACCAUCGGUCUCACUAACAGACAGAUGUGUUUCGUAUCUCCGACUCUGUUCGGGUCAUUUCGGCUCUAGUCGAGUCAUCAACCCGGAAGUGUAGUGCAGUUCAAUUAUAGAUGAAAUAUGCCGUCAACAUACAUCUGCAGCGCGCGCCUGAGAAACAGCAGGUGGACUAAAAGCUAAAACAGAAAACCAGACAACAAGAACCAUUUUCUUUAAAUUGCUGUUUUUCUGCGUUUGCUUCGGUGAGACUGGACUGAAAAUAAUCGCUAGCAGCAGGAAGCCUGGGAACCCGGACGGACAGUGAUGGUCACUGAGAUGCCAGCGACCCGCGAGCCGCAGUGACCUCCCGGAGACAUGCGGGGUGUCGGAGGCAGGCUGUGGGGAGGGUCUGCUGGGCUGGCUGGCAGUUAGCUCAGCAGCUAGCCUGUCGGGGCUGCGGCUGGAGGUCGAGCAGCAGCAGCAGCAUCCAUCCGCCGCUACAGCAUCAUGGAAACGGAUGACAGUGAAUAGAUGACCUCCAUGCCUCCUGUCAUCUGAAGCGGAGUCGUUUUCCAGCCCGCUCAGGUUUUCAUGGAUUGCAGGAACUCCACAGGAACAUCAUGCCAGUCUCUCUUAAAUCGGCCUGCUGCCCUCUGGAAUCGCUCCUGACAAAUGGACAAAAAAUGAAAUGAAAUAUUAAAACCUGGAGUUGUUGGACUCUCAUUCUGUUGCCAUCAUAAGUUCCCUUCUAGCAUCCUCUGGGGUCUUUAGGCCAUGGUUCGCAAGAAAGGUUCCCUUAUAUUAUGCGGCGCCUUCCUGUUUGUUGCCUGGAACGCUUUGCUCCUGCUUUACCUUUGGGGCCGACCUCCCAUCGGCCAUCUGGGAGAUGGUGGAGGAGCCGAACCGGGUGGGAAUGAGGAGUGGGCCGCGAUCCGGGGGAAAAUGGGUCAGGGCAACCUUGCAGAGGAGAUGAUCCGGCUGGCGGAGGAGGUGGAAGUUCACCUUGAUACCCAGAAGAAGCUCCUGAAGCAGAUAGAAAGUCACAGAGCGGUGUGGGCGCGGAGGAAGGAUGUUGGGAAAAGGGAAAGCAGUCAAAGAGACAUCAAUGAGCCAGCUGCCCACCCGCAGCGUCAGAGGACUCCAGAACCACUCAGAAAGGAUGCCGGGGAGCAAACCCACGCUACGAGGAUUGAUAAGAUGGCUCCAAGCUUAUAUGGAGACAACGAGCAAACCAGUAACACUAAAGUUACGACACCCAGCCCAGAGCCCAUCAUCCCUAUCCUGGUCAUCGCCUGCGACAGAGUCACCGUGAAGCGGAGCCUCGACAGACUCCUUAUGUACCGGCCGUCUGCAGAGCUUUACCCCAUCAUCGUCAGCCAGGACUGCGGCCACGCCGAGACGGCUCGCGUGAUCGCUUCCUACGGAGAGCAAGUCACGCACAUCAAACAACCACAGCUGUCCGACAUCAAGGUCCGGCCAGAGCACAGGAAGUUCCAGGGCUACUACAAAAUCGCCAGGCAUUAUCGAUGGGCGCUUAACCAAGUGUUCAACACCUUCUCCCAGUCUACAGUCGUCAUAGUGGAGGAUGACCUGGAGGUGGCUCCAGACUUUUUUGAGUAUUUCCGGGCCCUGUAUCCCAUCCUGCGCUCCGACCCCAGCCUGUGGUGCGUCUCCGCCUGGAACGAUAACGGCAGAGACGCUCUGAUCGACCCCUCCAAAGCCCAGCUCCUCCACAGGACAGACUUCUUCCCCGGCCUGGGUUGGAUGCUGCUGAAGGAGCUGUGGGACGAACUGGAACCAAAAUGGCCUUCAGCCUUCUGGGACGACUGGAUGCGUCAACCUGAGCAGCGUAAAAACCGCUCCUGCAUACGACCGGAGAUCUCCCGGACCAUCACCUUUGGCAGGAAAGGUGUCAGUUUAGGUCAGUUCUUUGACCAAUACCUUCGCUAUAUUCGGCUGAACACGGAGUUUGUGCCUUUCACCAAACAGGAUCUGUCUUUCUUGCUGAAGGAGAAGUACGAUCCGAUGUUUAUUCGGGAGGUUUAUAGCGCCACAUUGGUGAAGAUGGAAGACCUUCAGCAUGGGGGGAGUCUGAAAGGACCCGGGCCGUACAGGGUGCAGUACUCCAGCAGAGACAGUUUUAAAGUCUUUGCUAGAAAUUUGGGAGUGAUGGACGACUUAAAAUCUGGAGUUCCUCGCACCGGUUACAGAGGCGUAGUCAGCUUCCUGCACCGAGGCCGGAGGGUCUUUUUAGCUCCGCCGGAGGGCUGGACGCAGUACGACUCCAGCUGGAGCUGAGGGUUCUCCAGAAAACGCUGUUAAAGACUAAACCCUCAGACCAAAGAAGAAUUCCUGCAGUGAGGGUAGCGGUGAGACCGCUCAUAAACAGAAAACAAGGCUGUUCACCUGUUACCGACAGGACCGCCACGCAGAGGAGACGCAUUUUAUAAACACUGGUGACGUGCCUUGCUUUCUGGACUCUGUUCUCGUGUUUAAAUGGAAGCCAGAACGUUGCAGAUAUCUGCCGCAGCUCCAGGUGGAAGAAGGAAGUCAUGGAGCGAAACCCGGGAAUUAAAAAGAGGCACGAAGGGUAGAGUCAGAGGGAAACACUUAGGGAGAUUAAACUACUUUAUGUUUUGUUUUUAAAGAAUAUUGAUCCCAUUAAGAUUCAGUGUCGUUGGGAGGAAACGGCAUCACUAAUGAUCCAAACGAGUUUAAUCCACAAUGAGAAGGAAAAACCUCAACCAGGUUAUUAAAGGAAAACAUGCCUUUGAUCUGAAGUUGGUGAGUUUACACUAAUGAUGGGGGGGCAGAAACACUAACUUUCUCUCAUCUAGCAGCACUAAGUUUGGACUAAACCACCUGAGGCCCUCAGUGCUUCACUAAUAAACCAAGUUAGCUGAUAAAUGGAUGUUUCUGAUUCAGAAAGCAGAGAAGGAAAAGUUCCAUCAGCAGGAUCAUAAGGAUCCAGAUGCUUCUGCUCAGUUAGGACAGUCUGACUCCUUUACUGCUCACCCGUUUCUACGGGAAACCACCAGUAGUCUGUCCUUUUCAAUCAGGCUUGUUCCAGCAGGAAAUGCUCCAAAAGAUGCCAGAGACUAAUAACUGCGGCUCAGAAGGUCUAAAAGUGAGCCGCCGCCACGUUAACGACCAAAUUAUGGAGGGAAUCUCCUUCCAUUAUUGUUGCUAGUAAAGAAAAAAUGCAUUCCAGUAAUAAAAUGUAUUGAAGAAAAGUUUAAGCUGGUUUUUCUGAUUUUCUUUUUUUCCCUCCUUAUAAUUAUUCUUAAACAUUUGUUUAUAGAUAUUAUCUUUAUAUAUAUUUUUUUUCAUAUUGUUUUAUGACGUUUUCUUCUGAAAAGGCGUUUUACGGAUCGCAUUCUCUUCCAAUGAGCCCGAUAUGGACGCUCUCUGUCGACCAAUAGAAAUGCUUCCUCAUUUGACCCCAGGAGUAAAGAGGAUGUGUAAAAUCUAUAAAAGGCAGUUUAAAAAGCUCGAAGUGUAAAAAAGAACAGUGAUACAAUGAAGUAAAAUUCUUUUGAAAAAAUGUAAUCUGAGAAAACUACAAAGAUCCAAAAAAAAAAGAAAAAAAAAAA